AUGAACAGGACCAUGGCCGCCUCGUCUCACCGGGUAGAGCUGGGCCCGCUGGUCGCUGCCAUAGACCAGGGCACCAGCUCCACACGGUUUCUGGUUUUCAACUCGACGACUGCAGAGCUGCUCAGCCAUCAUCAGGUGGAGAUCAAACAGAGCUUCCCCAAAGAAGGGUGGGUGGAGGAGGACCCCAAGGAGAUCCUCCAGUCGGUGUUCGAGUGCAUGGAGCGCACGUGUGAGAAGCUCUCCCAGCUCAACAUCGAUAUCUCCAAUAUUAAAGCCAUUGGAGUGACGAACCAGAGAGAGACCACCAUCGUGUGGGACAAGGAGACUGGGGAGCCGCUGUACAACGCCGUGGUGUGGCUGGACCUGCGCACACAGUCCACCGUGGAGGACCUGAUCAGCAAAACACCUGGCAGGAACAAGAACCAUCUGAAGCACAAGACGGGCCUCCCCAUCAGCACCUACUUCAGCGCCGUGAAGCUGCGCUGGCUCAUGGACAACGUGGAGGAGGUGCAGCAGGCUGUGCUCUCUCACCGCGCCAUGUUCGGCACCGUGGACUCCUGGUUGAUCUGGUGUCUGACCGGAGGGAGGAGCGGGGGAGUCCACUGCACCGAUGUGACCAACGCUAGCAGGACCAUGCUGUUCAACAUCCACACCAUGGACUGGGACCCGGAGCUCUGCCAAUAUUUUGGAAUCCCUAUGGAGAUUCUGCCCCGAGUACGGAGCUCCUCUGAGAUCUACGGCCUCAUGAAAAUAAGCUCUAGUCGGAAAUCUGGAGCCCUGACAGGAAUCCCCAUCUCGGGGUGCCUCGGAGACCAGUCGGCCGCUCUCGUUGGCCAGAUGUGCUUCCAGGACGGGCAAGCCAAAAACACCUAUGGCACUGGCUGCUUUCUACUGCGAAACACUGGAGCUAAACCGGUGAUGUCGGACCACGGCCUGCUGACCACCGUGGCCUACAAAUUGGGCCGGGACAAGCCUGCCUGCUACGCCCUGGAGGGCUCUGUGGCCAUCGCCGGAGCAGUGGUGCGGUGGCUGCAGGACAAUCUGGGCAUCGUCUCCUCCCACGAAGAGCUCGAGAAACUGGCGGCCUCCGUGGGAUCGUCGUACGGCUGUUAUUUUGUGCCUGCGUUUUCAGGACUGUACGCGCCUUACUGGGAACCGAGUGCCAGAGGGAUCAUCUGUGGUCUGACCCAGUUCACCAACAAGAGCCACCUGGCCUUCGCCGCGCUGGAGGCCGUUUGCUUCCAGACUAAAGAGAUUCUGGACUCGAUGAACCAGGACAGCGGCAUCCCCCUGACGCAGCUGCAGGUGGACGGGGGCAUGACGUCCAACCGCCUCCUCAUGCAGCUCCAGGCCGACAUCCUGUGCAUCCCAGUGGUGAAGCCGUCGAUGCCCGAGACCACGGCGCUGGGGGCGGCCAUGGCGGCGGGAGCUGCUGAGGGCGUUCGGGUGUGGAGCCUGAACCCUGAGGACCUGAGUGAAGUCACCUCGGAGAAGUUCGAGCCUCAGAUCAACCCAAUAGAGAGCCAGAUCCGCUACGCUCGCUGGAAGAAAGCCGUGCAGAGGGCCAUGAACUGGGAGAGCACGGAGCCAGUCGCUACCGGCAACGGGGAGCCCAGCCUGUUCUGCAGCAUGCCCCUGGGCUUCUACAUCCUGGGCAGUAUGGUCAUGUUGGUGGGAGCCAAGUACCUCACAGGUAACCAAUAG